CUUUGCUAUAUCAAUGCAUUCAUAGCUGUGGUGCAGGCACAAGACGCUGCGUGUUCAACUUUUAUAUAUCCCACCGACCAUGGAAACCUCACGUUUGCCUUGAGCGCUGCAGAAUCGACUGGCGAUGUCUACUUACACAUCUCUGCACCAGCGACAUACCAGUGGGUCGGUGUUGGUACAGGAAGCGAGAUGGAUGGCAGCGUCAUGUGGAUUGUGUAUGAGAGCUCGGAUAAGAACGGCGUCACACUUUCACCACGAACUUCAGAUGGUCACGUUGAGCCAAGCUUCGACAACAGCAUCGACUGCGUGCUGGUUGAGGGAACUGGUUACCACAACGGGAUCUAUCAGACUUCCGGCACCCACUACUACUCCGCCAACACUCGCUGCAAGAACGUCACUACGUUCGGACAUGGCGAUGGGAAGCUCGAACUGAGCAACGCCAAACAGCCCUUCAUUUACGCAUGGGGUCCUACCGACGACACAAUCGCGAGCGCGUCAACGUCUGCGCAUAUCAAGCGUCACGAGGCAUACGGAAAUUUCUGGAUGGACAUGACUAAAGCUACGUCUAACCAGACGAGUACGGUCAAUGUUCCAAACGGUGCAGUUCUCUCAACUACGAAUAAUGCCGGUGCAGACGAGAAGGCAGAAAGUGACGGCGAUAAGGUUGGCCCAGCCCAUGCAGUCAUCAUGAUCGUUGCAUUUUUGGUCAUCUUCCCACUUGGGGCGGUUCUGCUUCGCUUCCUCGAAAGUGUUAAGAUACAUGGAAUUGUGCAGGGCGUUGGUGUCAUCACUGCCGUGGUUGGAGUGGGACUUGGAAUUUACCUGAGUACAAUGUACAAUCACUCGAAAGACUUCACAUCAGGCCACCAAGUCUUCGGUCUUAUCCUCUUCGCCUUGCUCUUCCUCCAAUGGGGACUUGGACUCUACCAUCAUCUUCGGUUCCGCAAAUACCAACGGCCUACAAUAUAUGGAUAUAUUCACUUGAUCGCUGGUCCAGCUAUCGUCUUGGGUGGUAUCAUCAACGGAUUCAUCGGGUUCAAUUUUAGUGGCGAUUCGAGGGAUAACAAAUAUUAUGGCAUCGCCGUGGCUGUUAUAUUAGUCGUGGUUCUUGGAUUGUUGGCAUGGAAAAGGUGGUCAAAGAGAAAGGAAAGCAAGAUCGACAGGGGUAUGGAGCUGGUCAGGUCUGACAAAGACUAG